AUGGCCGUGCCUUUGAUGGUCCUGGCGGCGCCGCCCGCACCGUGCGAGGCGAUGCUCGCGGCACCGCCCGCAGCGCCUGCGGCGCCAAGCCUCUCCUGGGAGAUCGGAUUCGACCGAAUUGUUCUGGAGCGGUCCGUGGGGCAGGGUGUAACGGCCCACGUGUACGAGGCCAUCUUGGACGGUCGAUAUCAGGCCGUGAUGCACCUUGUUGCUCCCGAGGGACCGCCAGGCAAGCGGCAACGUACCUUUGAGGUUCCAGACUUCACCGGUCGCAUGGCCCAGUUCCACGAAGUGCACAUCCCUGCCAAAGGGGAUGGCUGGGACUGCUCCCAUCCUCUGGCGGCGGAGGAGGCCUCAUCUUUAUUCACUUUAAUCCUACCGGCUCUUUUCCUGCUGGUGCUGGCAGUGUCCUUGGCGCUGGGUGGCUCGAACAUCGGGCCCUGGGAGACUGGCCUUUGGAUUGCCAUCACGGUCUAUUUCUACCUUCAAGGCAUGCUUUCAGUGUAUCGCCUCAGCAAUUCCUACCUUGCCUAUUGCCAAGAAGUGGGCAUUGGCACUUGCGAUGUGCAUGGCGACCGAGUCUGGGGCCUCUACGACGACACGAAGUGGCUGAAUCAAGUCUUUGGUGGCAGGCGCUGGGACCGAAAGGACUUGCAGACCCGGGAGCUCGUGGCCAACUUCCCAAGCAUCCUGGCCUUCGUGGUCUUUUACCUUCUCUUAAAGGCGCUUCUAGCGAGAGCUUCCAAAAAUCUGGAGUUCGCCGGAACUCUUCUCCUUGGUGCCGGCUACGUCUGCUUUCUUCACGAGUUCACCAUCCUCCAGCCUCUUUCUUUCGCGCUGCUGAAUUAUGCGAUCUCCCGAUUUCUGGCCUCCGGGAACCGACUGGGCCGGGCCAUGCUGGUCCCCUGCAGUUGGCUGCUUGGUAUCCUGGCCUUGGCGGCUGCCGGUCGGGAGCUGAGUCUCGAGACGCUCUUCCGGUCUCUGGGCAGCAGAAAGCUGCAAGCCUGGGGCCGUUGGAUGGACCGCUUCCAGGGAGAGCUGUCCUGGUUUAGUGUCCUACGCUUUUGGGUCUUACGCUGCAUCAGCUGGACCGUGGACUUUUCUCGUAGCUUGGACGCGGGCAAGACGGGCACGUCCACGAUCACGGGGGUUGAAAGCAGCAACAGUGGUUGCGACCACAAACAUCGCGCGGAUGCCAGUCGACCGUUGCAAGAGUACAAGAGCCUGUCCUUGUAUGCGGCAUACCUGCUCUACCCACCACUGUAUAUGACAGGCCCCAUCAUCUCCUUCAAUGCUUUCGCAUCUUACAUGGAGCAGCCUCAGGUGGAAUUUCAAGGGUGGGCCCUGGCGAGGUACUGGCUCCGCUGGCUAGUCGACACCUUCCUUUUCAUCGCUUUUGGGCACUUCCUCUACACCUCGGCCUUGGCAGUGAACGGGCCGCUGACAAGCAUCCGAGACAACAAGGCCGUGAUGUUCGAUAAUCUCCUGAAUUUCGGCUUGGAUGGUGAGACCAUGAUCUGGUUUUCCUUUUGGUCCCUGAAAGGCCUUUGGUUCAAGUUUCUGGUGAUUUGGCGCUUUGCUCGAGGUUGGGCUUUAAGCGAUGGCGUGGCAGCGAUGGAGAACAUGGAAAGGUGCAUGUGCAACAACUACUCUGUUAGAGAUUUCUGGCGAGGCUGGCAUCGAUCCUUCAACCGAUGGCUGGUUCGCUACGUUUACGUGCCUCUUGGAGGAUCCGGAUCUUUCUUGCGCCAGCUUGGAAGCACCGCCUUGGUAUUUACCUUCGUGGCAAUCUGGCACGAACCUACCUUACUUCACCUGCUCCGAGAGGAGCAGCGAUUGCUCGUCUGGGGCUGGCUUUUGGCCCUGUUUGUGGUCCCGGAGCUCGCAGCGGAACGCCUUUGCAGUUUGCCGCGCUGCAAGGCCUGGCUUGACGGCCAUCCCACAGCGGCCCGGCACCUGAGAGCUUUCGGAGGCGCCUGCAACAUACAGAUGCUCAUCAUCGCAAAUCUAGUUGGCUACUCCUACGGCCUGAAGGGAGCCAGCUACCUGCUCCUCACAGUGAGUAACCCCAGGAUGUGGCGUUUUCUAGCUGCCUUCGUCGUUUGGCUCUUCGCCAAGACGCAGUUGAUGUUGAUUAUCCGACAACGCGAAGCUCGUGCCGCCGAAAUCGCUGAGCGCCCAAAGUUGGCCUCAAAGUCGAAGUUAAGUAAAGAUGACUAG